AUAUACAAAGAGAUUCCCAUUUCCAGAAAGUAACAGGGGAUUCAAGAUUCAAGAGAUCGAAAUUAUCGAGUUUUUACCAUCCAGUUUGAACAAAUACUUUGAACAUCAACCCCCAAAAAGUACCUACUCAAACCACCAAGAAACCAAGAAACACAACAGCAACAACAACCAUGCAAAAAUUCCUCGAACCCCUCGUCCCCCAACCACGCACCACCAUCGCCGGAAAAAUCAACAUCCCCUCCCCAAGCGACAAACUCUCCGAGUUCACGAGCACAUCCCUCAAUCUCCUCACCCAGCUCCUAAGACUCACACCAGGCACGCUCCCCAACGACCCAUGGCUACACGAGCAAGAAACCCUCCUAGCAACCUUUCCCCAAUGUCUCUUGCACCCAAAAUCCAGCGGUCUAAUCUAUCGCGUCGCAGCCUCCAUAUCCUCAUUACGAUUAGGCGAGACCAAAGCGAUCUUAUGUCCCGUGCAUAAACCAUUAAAUCCAUAUCUGAUCCGCAAGAUAUUUUUAGAGGUAACAGCCGAAUGCACGACGCGGAUCCAGCGAUUAGCUUCCGAACCAAUUGAUGAAUUACCUGUCAAUGUGGGGGAAUUUGUCGUUCGGAUGCAAAGACUGAAUAGUAUUUGGAUGCAACCUGAAUUUUAUCGUCAAGCAUAUCAAGUGUUACCUUCAGAACCGCGCUACGAACGCGUAGGUUCGGGCUGUGAAGCUUGUAUUCUCGCGACGAUUGGUGGGAAUCGAAAUAUUGUCCGUGAUUUGUUUGCGUCGAUUUGGGGACGCAGAAGGAAGAAUAGAGAGAUGAAGGGUUGGAUUGAUGUAGUACGAGCAUGGGAAGGAUGGCAUGAAAAUUUUGACGCCUUGACACUUGAAUCAACGGGUUUAGGAAGCGAAAUUGUCAGAUGUCGGAAACGUCUUCAGACACUUAGAAAAGCUGCCAUGAGAGAACAAUUACAGGGGAUGAAAAAUCCCUUGGAUAGAGAUAGCGAGGCCCAAACACUUCUCGGACACUAUUUUUCUGAAGGAGAUGGAGAUGUAGAGAAUGAAAUUGUGGAUUUUUAUGCCAAUAUGAUGUCGAGAACAUCUUUCGCAAAUACAUCAACUCAAAGUGCAUACCCGGCAGAAGAGGUUCAUGCUGCCUUUCGCGACACCGUGACUUACACCGAUGGAUUUUUCCACAGCGUUUCAAGGCCUGUGAAAGAAAUAAAUGCAUUAGACUAUUCCCACGGCGCAUUGAACGCUUUACAAAUUUCUCAAGAUGGAGUCGGAGGUCGCGCCAGCGCGUAUCGGCAUCUCGUUGGAAUUGAAGAGAGUUUAGCCGCCGAAUCAGACGAAGAUGAUAAACCUCAAUUCACGAAUCCAUUUGCAGAUCCACCAGAGACCAAUCACCAUGCUUACCGUGGAAGCUACUAUGAAAAUUCACGAGCAUCUCCCUCGCCCCCUUCUCCUCGUACUAUGAAUUAUGGGAACAAACCCAAAGAAAAAGCCGCGCCACGUCAUCGAAGACCAGACCCUCAUGUAAACCCUUUUUCAAGGAGCUCACAUGUUGCUAACCCUGAGGUUAAGCGCACUGAUCGGAGAACUCGAUGUAGUGACUUCAUGAAAUAGAGUGGAUGAGAAGUGGUUUUGGGGAUGAAAGAAGAGAGGAGCUGGUCUCCUCAAGAUAGAGAAUUUUCUUUGUUAGUACUUUACAAUAUAAACUUAUUUCAUUAUAUACCCUGUCUAAGACCUUAUUUAAGUGAUGAUGCCCCAU